GGCGGUUUCAAUAUGUCAGCCUCCACGUAUAUUUGUUUUCCGACAAUUUUAUUUGCUUUUAUCAACUAUGGUGUUGAGUGUAGCUAAUUUUUGAUGUGGUAUUAAACUUAAUGAUGGAAACAGAAGACAAUCUGUCAAGACAGGUUGAGGAGGUUGAAGCAUUAGCUGCCAUUUACGGUGAUGAAUGGUGCGUUGUUGACGAGGCCAGUAGAAUUUUUUGUAUCGCUGUAACUGAUGGAACUGAAAUAAAUCCAAGGAAGGUUUGUUUACAGGUGAUGUUGCCAGCAGACUAUCCAUCCAUAGCUUGUCCAAUUUAUCAGAUUAAUGCACCAUGGUUGAGAGAAAAUGAAAGAAUUGAAUUCUCAGAACGAUUAUCACAUGUGUGUCGGUAGGUUUCAAUUAAUAUCACGGAGAUUGGCGAAGAAUUUGAAAUAUCUUAUAUUCACCAUGGAGAGGCUUUCACAGAAAGGAGAAGUACAUUUCAGGCACACCUUGCACAUGUCAUCACACCUGGCCAGGUAAAGACUGUUAUGAAGAAGCUUUAUGAAAACCGAAAAAUUUCAAAUGCGACGCACAACAUUGUUGCAUAUAGGAUUUUUUGUGAAGACAAAGGUACAUUUAUGCAGGACUGUGAUGAUGAUGGUGAAACAGCGGCUGGAGGCCGACUACUUCAUCUCUUACAGAUUUUGGACCUUCGAAAUGUAGUGGUAGUUGUAUCUAGAUGGUACGGAGGUAUACUGCUAGGCCCUGAUCGAUUCAAGCAUAUCAACAAUUCUGCCCGAAAUCUCAUACAGCAACUCGGUCUUAUAAAGACUGAUGCAAACAAUACCAAAGGCAAGAAAAAUAAGGCUAAGAAGGCAAGGUGAUACAGUAACAGUGAUGACGCAAUUAAUACCAAUGUCUUACUCGACCAAAAACGAAAAUUACUAUUACUAAUUACUAUUACUAUCCGUAAUUCGUGGACAUUUUUAUCAAACAAAAUUUGUAUGUGAUGUAGGGUGUGCCAUUAUGUCAAAUAUAGUAACUGGCAGUCAGGCAUUGCUGAGUUUUAAACAUAAUUUACUUGUAAUUACUGUACGAUUUAAGUAUACAGGUUAAAAAAUACUGUAAUAUAGUAAGAUUAAAUACCUAUUUUCAAUGAGAGCUGAAAUUUAUCCAAGAAUCCAUUUAAAGAAUAAAGAUUUUAGUUAAUAUUUUAAACAAUUA